GGUAGGACAUGCUCGACUUAACCAGCUAUCAGAAAGAGCCGCUGGGCGGAAAGAACUGCUUGGGAUUGCAUAAGCGGUUUUAUCCUUUCGUUAAGGUUUUAUUCUAUAAAGCGACGCAAAUGAUUUGGUACUACUUGUUAUUUUCGUCGAGGUAGGGUUUAUUAGCAGGCUAGCUGCUGUGCUACUUAGCUAUGCUAACUCUAAGCAUGAUUUAGGUUUAUGAAGCUCUAGUAGUCCAGUGUCGUGACUUUGUCUUAACCUGAUGUCUCACCUUAGUGGCCCUUGGGCCCUUCAGUUUUCAAGUGAAGGAAUAUCUAGUACUAAUAUCUCAUCCUGCUGCAGUUGAGCUGUAGAUAUGCUGGGAUAGCAUACCAUUGCACUAUAGUACAUUCAUAUUGCACAUACUGUAAAUAUCUAUCAUAUCAUUAUACCAUUCCAUACCCUGUACAUUUAGAUUUGUACAUUACACUUAUUUACUGCUAUGCACUUCUGGUUAGAUGCAAUCUGCAUUUCGUUGCCUUGUACCUGUGACAUGUGCAAUGACAAAGUCUAAUCUAUUUGUCUAAUAAGUGAGGAGAGAAUUGGAAAUUGUGCAUUAGCACAUGGUUAUAGACUUUUAAACCAGGGCAAUGACAGGAAUCCUGCGAAUGAUCCAUAGCUGUUUUUUGAGGUUUGUGCUCUUCCCAAGUACUUUUCGGAAUAAUGGUUCCCGUCCAGCUGCCUCUGAAGUUUUGACAUGCCAUCUUAACCAGCGUAAACUGCCACCCUGGACAUCCUUCUGUGUGCGCUACAGUGCUGUAAUCAAUGACCAGUUCGGUUUGUCCAACUUCAACUGGCAGGUACACGGUGCCAACUACCACAUCCUCAGAACAGGAGCCUUUCCCUUCAUCAAGUACCACUGUACCAAAGCACCUCCACAAGACCUUGACUUUGAAAACAGAUUUUUUGGCAUACUGAAGGUCAUCAACUUGGGUCUUCCAUGUCUGGCGUAUGGCCUAGGCUCAUGGAUGGUGGCUGGUGUAACAGAAACCGUGCACACUUCAGCUGGUCCGGUCACUGUUUAUUUUGCUUAUAAAGAAGAAGAAGGUGCCAAGUACUAGUUUAAUACUACAUGGGUGAUUGCAGCAUUGUGUCCUUGCUACAAAAAUGAUACCUGAAGACUGAAAUAUAUUUUAGUCAUACUGGACCUCAUUGUAGACAACAGUCCUGAUUUGAUAAAGCUGCUUCGCCAUUUGAAAUGCUUGUGAUGAAGAAUAGUGUACUUGUGGUAAAAGUUUUCUUUACAAAUUGCCAUGGAACUGCUUAUAAAAGCACUCGUAUGCACUGCAUGUAUAGAGAAUUAGCUCACAGGUGCUGCAGUCUGCUUGCUUUUUGUGUCCUCGCCUGCUAAUGCAGGAUUUUAAAUAACUUCAAUUCAUUUAUUUAAAGUCAAAUUAGCGCUCCCUCUCUUCUCGGCAUAUUGACAAUAGGAAGCAAGAGGGGUUGUUGAAAGGACAGGCUUGAUAAAAUGGUUUUUAAUUACCAGAAAGUAAAGUGUGGCCUUCAUGCAGCAUCCCCUUCCCUCCCUCAGUCACGCUCGGGCCCUUUGAUUUCUGAUAAUGUGCUCUGCUGACUUGAUGCUGCUCUAGUUCUUUACUGCAGAAUUUAAGCGCUCACAUUUCCUCUGAGAUUGUGUUUGACAAACUGAUAUAUCGAUUCUCUAUGCCCCCUCAAAGCGUUCUGCUGAGCCCAUUUGUCAGAGGCCUUGAUUUCUUGGUUUUUCUAACCCCUCUUUUAGUAACAGUUACACUCAAGUAAUCAUUUCAUGUAUCGCUUGCAAAUCAAUAAACUCCGUCACCUUUUCUUUUAGCAUAUGGCCAUUUUGAGGGAAAGACUUCUUCAAGGGCCAGUGCUUAAUUGUGAUGGUACUUUUCCUCUACUGUGCCAUCUCUACCAGGAUUAUGAUAAUUUUUUUUAACCACAUUGGACUUUUUUCUUAUAAAUUAGAAUACUGAAGACCAAACUGGAUAAUUAAAAAUAAUGUCAGACACAGGCAGAAGAACACUUGCUGUCUUGUGCAUUUUAGUGUUUUCCCUGCCAACUUUAACUAAUCAACUGAUUAACAUCCCUUCCUGAGUUGAACUGAGCAGGAAAAACGAUAAAAUGUGCUAGACGGGGGUACUCCAGGACUAGAGUUGAAAAUUGAUAACAUAUCAGGAAUAAAACUUGACAUGCUUGCUGUUAAUAAGAAUAAGGGAAAAGUGUGAUGGGGCCAAAGUUUCUAAGUGGCUUAUUCCUCUUUUAUUAUAUAGACACGAGUGUUUUACUGGGCAAUACGCCACUUGUAUUUUUCAUACAAAUUACAUCUGGGACAUUGAGUAAUAAAUUUUUCAAUAUCUUCACUCGUGAGGAAAUCGAUGAGUUGUUUUGAUAAAUUUGGGUACUGUUUGCUUGUGAAUGUGUCUAUAUAAUAAAAAUAAAAGUACAUGUUGGCUUGAAGAUAUGAAGUUUAUUUUCUUGUGUUGAAAAACUAGUAUUUUUCAAACGAAAUACAUCACGGACCGAGUGACAUAUUUUUCAAUAUCUUCACUUGUGAGGAUAUCGAUGAUGUCAUUCCCAGUGUUUUUUGUCAAAAUGGCGAACUGGUUCAAAAUUAAAAUUCUUUUGAUUAACUUG